UUUUUGGGAACUGUCAAAGUGAUAGGAAAAAACUGGUUUCAUUUUAGCAGAAUUAGGAAAAUGUGUUUCAUCAGCAAAGGUGGCAACAGUCUGGGUAACAAUCUGUGCAAAUGCUUUCAGCGGUUGACAGCUGCCCAAUGCAGUGGCAACCCUGGGAGCAGCAUCAGAGGUUGCAACCCUGGCGUAGUCAAAAAUGUAUUAAACAUCUCUGAGCGAACCAAAUGGAAAUGGCGCAAUGAAAUGCCAACGAAACUAAAAUCAAGAUUCAGCGGGAAAUCUCACAAGGAUUUUUGGUAUGCGACGAAUCGGAACAUUAUCCUGGCACUGGGCAGGGUUCUAGGACUCCACGCGGACAUUGUGUUUGAGUUUCUGUACACGCUGACGCUGCAGAAUUUCGCCAGGAUACUGAAUCCUCGAGGACAUGCGUGGAACUUGAGCCGCGUUCCGUUCUCGCAGGUGAACAUCUGCGAUUAUUAUGCGGGAAUUUUCGAUUGCAAUGGCAAUGUGCGGAAUCCCUUUCACCCGGACGUGUUGCAGAAGCUGCUCGGAAUGAUGCAGCAGCUGCUGCGGCAGGACAAGUCAAGGGAGGAAUUCCCUAAGCCGCUCCCAAUCGAAAAGGCAGCGAAACCCGCGCGUUCCGAAAAGAUUUCCCAGCGUGCAGGAAUCGGACCCGAUUCCCUAGCUCGAGCCAAUGGCAUUCGGAGGCGUUUUCAGCUCAGCGAGCGGUAUCAACUUGGUGGCUGUCGAUCGCAGUCGUUGUUAUGUGGUAAUUGGGACAGAUAUACAAAGCACCUGAGUCAAAUGUGGUGCUAUAAACCAUCGCAAGAGGUGGUCGAUGAUAUUAUCAAGUCGGAGGUGACAGUCUUGAAUUGGGGUUCUUUGCAGGGACACGAACGGAGUGAAGAAGAGCGACAGGUUACCAAAGCCCUUUAUCGAUUGCUUUCUGAUAAUUUGUGCACAGCGCGAAGUCGUGAAUUAAAACGUCUCGUGUUGUCGGUGAAGCAACAAACUGGACUCCAGAACAAUCUUGAGGAAAUGCUCGAUGCAAUGCGUGAAUUGAAUCUUAAAAUGGCUGUCAAGGGGGAAGUAGAGUACAUGAAGCGGAUGACGCAAGAAUUGUCCCGGAACUACAAUCAUUUGAUCGAAAAGACGCGAAAAGUUCCGAAAAGAAAACACGCAGCUCCCCACAAGCCGGGGACAUUGCACAUCGAUGUCGAGGAACCGACGGUGCUUCCUCGUUUCUAUUACGGUGCUCAGGUGCCGAUUUUGACCCAUGAACCCUUCAAUCCCCAACUGCCGCGCACCUGGAUGCGACGUCAUCCAGAUGCCAUGCGGUUAAAUGAUGACGGACGUUUCGUCCGGGAAGGAGUUGUGCAUCGCUAUAAGCGACGAUCGGUGGAGAAGCGUUUAGCGGAUGCACGCCAAAGAUAUUCCAUUCACUCGGUCUACAGUCGCGACGAUGUCAGUCGAUCGAGCAGCCGGUUCAGUAAUGUCAGCAAAGGGAACAGCGAGACUAACCGGAACAGUCAGAUCAGUGGGAACAGCAAGAUCACCGGGACUAUCAGGAGCACCCGGGAUAGCAGGAAUAGUCAACAGACUAAGAACAGCUUUCCGUUUUCCGAUGAGGAACCCAGUGACAAAUCUAUGGCUUAAUUUAGUGUUUAAUGCGACACAAGUUCUUAAUAUUAUAAUCUGUAAUCGUUUUGUAAUUUUGUUAAUGAAACCAAGUCAAAAUUUGUAAUACUAAUUACAACUGAUUAAAGUGCGAGUGUGA